AUGAGCGCGGCCGACAAGGCCCGCGUGGGGCCCGCGGUGGCCGGGCCUGCGCCGGCCGGCGGGGAGCAGGAGGGCGAGGGCGCCGGCGAGGCGGGCGGGAAGGAGCCGGCGGCCCCGGGGCCCAGCGCGGCGUUUCGGCUGCUGGUGACUCGGCGGGAGCCGGCCGUGAAGCUGCAGUACGCGGUGAGCGGCCUGGAGCCGCUGGCCUGGUCCGAGGACCACCGCGUGUCGGUGUCCACGGCGCGCAGCGUCGCGGUGCUGGAGCUCAUCUGCGACGUGCACAACCCGGGCCAGGACCUGGUGAUCCACCGCACCUCGGUGCCGGCCCCGCUCAACAGCUGCCUGCUCAGGGUGGGCUCAAAAGCAGAAGUUGCUGAAUGCAAGGAGAAGUUUGCCACCUCUAAAGACCCCACAAUCAGCCAGACUUUCAUGUUGGAUAGGGUGUUCAACCCCGAGGGGAAGGCUUUGCCGCCGCUGAGAGGAUUCAAAUACACUAGCUGGUCCCCCAUGGGUUGUGAUGCCAAUGGCAGGUGCCUCUUGGCAGCACUGACCAUGGACAACCGCCUGACCAUCCAGGCUAACCUCAACAGACUGCAGUGGGUCCAGCUGGUCGACCUGACGGAGAUUUAUGGGGAACGUCUUUAUGAGACCAGUUACAGGCUGUCCAAGAGUGACGCUCCACAGGGAAAUCUGGGGGACUUCGCCGAGUUCCAGAGGAGACACAGCAUGCAGACUCCAGUGAGGAUGGAGUGGUCGGGCAUCUGCACCACCCAGCAGGUCAAGCACAAUAACGAGUGCCGAGACGUGGGCAGCGUGCUCCUGGCCGUCCUCUUUGAGAACGGCAAUAUUGCUGUGUGGCAGUUCCAGCUGCCGUUUGUGGGGAAGGAAUCCAUCUCCUCCUGCAACACCAUCGAGUCGGGAAUCAACUCUCCUAGCGUCUUGUUUUGGUGGGAAUAUGAGCACAAUAACCGCAAAAUGAGCGGCCUUAUUGUAGGAAGUGCUUUUGGACCUGUGAAAAUUCUUCCUGUCAACCUCAAAGCAGUGAAAGGCUAUUUCACGCUAAGGCAGCCUGUUGUCUUGUGGAAGGAAAUGGACCAGUUGCCAGUGCACAGCAUCAAGUGUGUGCCCCUCUACCACCCCUACCAGAAGUGCAGCUGCAGCCUGGUGGUGGCUGCCAGGGGCUCCUACGUGUUUUGGUGUCUUCUUCUGAUCUCCAAAGCAGGCCUCAACGUUCACAAUUCCCACGUCACGGGCCUGCACUCGCUGCCAAUCGUCUCCAUGACGGCCGACAAACAGAACGGGACAGUGUAUACGUGUUCAAGUGACGGGAAGGUGAGGCAGCUGAUUCCCAUCUUCACAGACGUUGCGCUAAAGUUUGAACACCAGCUGAUCAAACUCUCCGAUGUGUUCGGCUCAGUGAGGACUCACGGGAUAGCAGUGAGCCCCUGCGGGGCGUAUCUGGCCAUCAUUACGACGGAGGGCAUGGUCAAUGGCCUCCAUCCCGUAAACAAGAACUACCAGGUCCAGUUUGUCACUCUGAAAACCUUUGAAGAGGCAGCAGCUCAGCUCCUGGAAUCUUCGGUGCAGAACCUCUUUAAGCAGGUGGAUCUGAUCGACCUUGUGCGCUGGAAGAUUUUAAAGGAUAAGCACAUCCCUCAGUUUCUACAGGAGGCUUUGGAAAAGAAGAUCGAGAGCAGCGGCGUCACCUACUUCUGGCGCUUUAAGCUUUUCCUGCUGAGGAUUUUGUACCAGUCGAUGCAGAAAACCCCUUCAGAAGCCUUGUGGAAGCCCACCCACGAGGACUCGAAAAUCCUACUGGUCGACUCGCCCGGGGUGGGCAACGCCGAGGACGAGCAGCAGGAGGAAGGCACCUCCUCCAAGCAGGCGGUGAAGCAGGGCCUGCAGGAGAGGAGCCGAGAAGGCGACGGGGAGGAGGCCGCCGAGGACGCCCUCGUGCCUGCCGGAGAGGGCGGAGGCCGCGAGCCCAUGGAGGAGAAGCUUCUGGAAAUCCAGGGGAAGAUCGAAGCUGUGGAGAUGCACCUGACCAGGGAGCACAUGAAGCGCGUCUUGGGGGAGGUGUACCUGCACACCUGGAUCACCGAGAACACUAGCAUCCCCACCAGAGGGCUCUGCAACUUCCUCAUGUCCGACGAGGAGUACGACGACCGAACGGCCCGGGUGCUGAUUGGACACAUCUCGAAGAAGAUGAACAAGCAGACCUUCCCCGAGCACUGCAGCUUGUGCAAGGAGAUCUUGCCCUUCACAGAUCGCAAACAGGCUGUCUGCUCCAAUGGCCACAUUUGGCUCCGGUGCUUCCUGACCUACCAGUCCUGCCAGAGUCUGAUCUACAGACGGUGCCUGCUCCACGACAGCAUCGCCCGGCAUCCAGCCCCGGAAGACCCUGACUGGAUCAAGAGGCUCCUGCAGAGCCCCUGCCCCUUCUGUGACUCCCCCGUCUUCUGAGUGCCGAGAGAGCGCGGAUGGAUGGGCACGAGCUCUGCUGUGGAAGACGCCCCGUGGCCCGAGGAGAGGCUGUGCUGGAGGCAGCCUGCCCUGGCGUGGACGCUGCGAGACUGGAAGAGGCCCCGGGAGCUCUGUUCUGAGACACAGACCCCCUCUCGGGGACUCGGGAUAUGCUUCAGAGCGACUGUGUGCGGGGGUCUGGGCCGUUUUGAGUUGAACAUUAGCCCCCAGCAACUCACACGUGGGGGCCCCUUUUUCCCAGUGUCUGGACUGGAGCAGUUUGAACAAAAAGAAGUCCUGACAUUUCUAGGCACGGGAGGCUCUCAUCGCGCCUGUGGAGAGGGUCCUGCCCGGCUGAGCGAGGCUUUCAUCCCUGCCUCUGGCGGGGAGCACAGAGCCCCUGGGGCGUGAGUGCGUGUGCCGACAGACAGUAGAGUGCGCAAGUUCAAGCUUUCUCUCCAUGAACAGCUGCGGUGGGUGUCCUGUCUCUUCUUGUUUUUCAUGCAUACAGAAAACGUUUUCUAAAAAUUCUGUAUUUUUGAGAAGUUGAAGCCAAGACUGACAUUGGUCUAAUGUGUCAAGUGAUCAGGUGACGGUUUUAAUUAGUAACUGUAGUGACUUGUUUUUAAUUCUCUCCUCUGUCAGAUUGCCUGGCCCAGCUUCUUACUACAUAGAAAGAUGUCAAGUACUCCAGUGUGCCCACGUCCCAGCCUGCUUCAGACUGAGCUGUGGUAGCCUGGACGAGAUACUUGUACAGAGAAGAAAGCAAGCCUCUGUUUUUAGUAUUGAGUUGGGAACUUACAGUAUUCUUAGUGUUGGCAUUUCGAGACGUUUCAUUUAGUGUCCGAGGUCAGAGUCGUCCAGGGAUUUCUGGGGAGAGACAGCUCUCAGCUCGCAAGUGGAGACCUGAGCUCUGGGGCCACUGUGUGUGCAGCUCUGAGGGCGGAGCCUGGGAAUCCCCGCCUGGCUUUUAGUUUUUUUUCUUUUCUUUUUUUUGUGGACUACAAGAGGAGAUGGUAGGCGUCCACUCUGAUGAAUUGCGCUUAAUGAGAAACUGAGACAGACAGACGCUCUGGAACGCAGAGCUCUGGGUUCCUAGCUGAGCCUCCUGAGGACUGGCGCUGACGCGGGCCUCACUAGACGUCUUCAGGGGCCCGUGUCUCCAGAGUGAAGUGGAGACGAGGGUGAGAUUCGCUCCUGUCCGUGCUGUCGCUCUUGUCUCUCUCUAACACGAUUUCCAACUUAGUGAAUGGCAUUUUGGCCUCACCGUGUGGAGACACACAUGUGUCACACAUACACACGCGUGUGUGGGCCCUCAGGAGGUGUGUUCGAACGUCUGCGUUCCGGUUCAGGUGGUCGUUUGGUCUCGCGUGUUUCGUUACUUGCUGGGGUCUUCUGUCUUCUUUUUUUUUUUUUUUU